UCAGAGAGAGAGAGAGAGAGCUGAGAGAUGGAUCUCACGACGAGGGCGAGGAGUCCAGUGUACGCUCGUCAUCAAUGGACCAGAUCAUCUAACGUUACGGAAUCGAGAUCGUCAUCGAUGUCUCCCGCUCAUCGAAAUCAGCUCGGUGGCUUAUCUACCGUCAAACGGACUCAGAACGUAGCUACUAAGGCCGCUGCUCAACAGUUAGCAAAGGUUAUGGCCUUACAUAACAAGGACAACGAGGAAGAUGAUGACGAUGAUGAUGAUGAUGAUGACGACGACGAUCAUGAUUUCAAAUUCGCACAACCUUCUUCUGGAGGAGCUAUCAACGGUUCCUUCGCUCGACGUAAUCGAUCUCAGUCACCUGCGAUAGGUAGAAACAUCAUUACAGAGCAAGUGACUUCAGUGCGUUCUUCAUCUACUGGAAGGCCAUCAACGUUUGGUAGAUCGUUACCUCCGAACGCGUCUCCGGUUUGGAUGCCGAAUAAGGCGUCUUUGAAACCUCCGGUGAUUAUUCCUCCAAUUGAUCAUUCAUUUAAGGGUAGAGAUCAAAGAUACUUUAGUGAUGUACCACGCUUGGUAAACUCGAGAGAUAAGGGGUAUCAGCGAGAAGCUUCAGCUCUUCGAGAUGAAGUGGAUCUGCUACAAGAGGAGAAUGAGAUUGUAUUGGAGAAGCUUUACCAUGCAGAAGAAAAACGCGAGGCAGCAGAAGCAAGGGCUCGGGAGCUUGAGAAACAGGUUGCUUCUCUUGGAGAAGGAGUGUCUCUGGAGGCCAAAUUGUUAAGUAGGAAGGAAGCGGCAUUGCGCCAACGAGAGGUUGCUCUUAAGGCUGCUAACGAGAAAAAAGAUGGGAAACAGGAUAAAGUUGUUUCCCUACGCUCAGAACUUCAGAGUCUGAAGGAUGAGGCCGCAACAGCAGCAGAACGGCUUCAAGAAGCAGAGUCAGAAGCAAAGGCUGUUCGUACGAUGACUCAAAGGAUGAUUUUAACACAGGACGAAAUGGAGGAAGUAGCCUUGAAGAGAUGCUGGCUUGCCCGGUAUUGGGGUUUGGCAGUGCAGAAUGGCAUUUGUUCGGACAUAGCAUCAUCGAGGCAUGAAAAGUGGUCUGCUUUGGCCCCUCUUCCACUUGAGCUGGUCAUAUCUGCAGCACAAAAGGCCAAGGAGUUAUCUCAGGAUGAAGGUGGGAGUGAUCACAGCAAAACUGCUAGAUUUUCAAAGGAUAUAACUGGUGAAGGAAAUAUCGAAAGCAUGCUUUCAGUUGAGAUGGGUUUGAGAGAGCUAGCGUCCUUAAAGGUUGAGGAUGCCGUUAUGCUUGCAUUCGCACAGAAGAGAACACCGAGUUUGGUUCGUCAAGAUUCCAAAGGGCAUGGAGAACUCAGAUUUGUGGAGACAUACGAGAUAAAAGAAGCGGAACAAGAAGAUGUUGCCUUUAAGCAGGCGUGGCUGAUGUACUUCUGGGGUAGAGCCAAACUGCACGGUGUAGAAGAAGACAUUGCUGAUGAACGCCUGCAGUUUUGGAUCAGCCGUAGUGAAGGAAAAUUUCCAUCUUCUCAGGAUGUCGUCGACGUGGAACGAGGUUUGUUAGAGCUAAGGAAACUAGGAGUAGAGCAACAAUUAUGGGAAGCUUGUCGCAAAGAAACCGAUCAGCUUCUUCCAUCUUCAUCUCCUACCUCUACUCUCUCAAAUCACAACCUCUAACUCUUAAAAUUUAUAGAGAUAUAUCAAAUUGCAUUCCAUUAUGUAAAAACAAAACAUCAUCAAUUGUAACAUCUUUAUUAAGUAUUAUUAAUC